GUUUUAUUUCGUCUCAAUUUCUUGGUUGUGGUACUGUGCAUAGUGAUGGACCGUCCCUACCAGUUCUACUACUUUGUGCCAUUAGUCACUAUCUGGUUUAUGAUCAUUUAUGCCACCUUAGCUAUAUGGCCUCAGAUAGUGCAGAAGAAAGCAAAUGGGAACUGCUUAUGGCACUUUGGUUUACUGCUGAAACUGAUUUGCUUACUGACAUGUAUAUAUUUUCUGUCAUAUUCUCAGGGUGCAUUUGAGAAGAUAUUUUCUUUUUGGCCACUCUCCAAGUGUUUUGAACUGAAUGGGAAUGUCUAUGAAUGGUGGUUUAGGUGGAAGUUGGAUCGCUAUGUGGUUUUUCAUGGGAUGCUGUUUGCUUUUAUUUAUCUGGCAUUGCAGAAACGUCAGAUGAUUUCAGAAGGAAAAGGAGAUCCUCUUUUCUCCAACAGAGUUUCAAAUGUUUUAUUAUUUAUUUCAGUUGUAUGCUUUUUGACCUACUCUAUUUGGGCUAGUAGCUGUAAAAACAAGACAGAGUGCAAUGAACUACAUCCUUCUGUUUCUGUGGUGCAGAUUUUAGCUUUCAUCCUCAUCAGGAACAUUCCUGGAUAUGUCCGAUCUGUGUAUAGUUCAUUCUUUGCCUGGUUUGGCAAAAUUUCUCUAGAGCUUUUCAUUUGCCAAUACCAUAUUUGGCUGGCAGCAGACACAAAGGGGAUCUUGGUGCUCGUUCCUGGAUAUCCGAUGUUUAAUGUUCUUGUCAGCACUUUUAUAUUUGUGUGUGUGGCACAUGAAAUUUCUCAGAUCACUAAUGAUCUAGCACAGAUAGUGGUUCCUAAAGAUAACUCUACUCUGCUGAAAAGGUUGCUGUGCAUAGCUGGAUUUUUUUCUGGACUGCUCUUCUUCUCGUCAAUGCAAGAUCAGUCAAGGCAUUAACUUGAAAAGAUUCUUGGAAAGUUUCUUUACGUUUACUUUGUGUCUGCCUGAAAAAAAAUUCUCAACUGGAGUACAAGAAAACAUUUAAAUUAAGUGUGUGGAAAAUGUAUAUAGUGCAAAUGUACAUAUUUUGUGUGGAAAUAGCCUUCUCAAAUAAUCUGAGGAACAAGAAUGCACUGUACAGAAUUGCAUGUGAAAAGGAGUCUUUUCUACUGGAUAUAUGUCUCUGUUUACAUAUCUGUUUAAAAGUGACACAAAGAAGUGAUGUUAAAUAGUUUAGCAAUAACGUGUGUAUCACGGAAU